CGGCUGGCCACUCCACGAGGCAGUAAUGGGGAGUAUAUGCACAGAGACGGCUCUGUGUCGUUUGUGCAAACUAAGGAGAAGGAGGUGAUGUUGGGUGUAUCGUGCCAUCCACAGGGCCCAGCAAGCUGCAAAAAAUUGACUAAGUUUGUAAGCUCUGCUAGUGUGGAUGAGAGAGAGAGAGAGAGAGAGAGAGAGAGAGAGAGAGAGAGAGAGAGAGAGAGAGAGAGAGAGAGAGUGUUUGUGGCCGUGUACGUGUACGGUAAUCCAAGAUAUAUACAUUGUGUUCGGCAGGAGAAUGAGCGAGAGUGUGGUUGCCCCAGUUGGUGUGGGGAGGGGGAGGAAGACUCAAAAUCUCCACUGGUAUAUAUUUUUCUAUCUUGGAAGAAAUUUGGAGCUGGAGUCGAUUUGCACUCGACUCGGUUCACACAUUCAGUGAGUAAAAAACAGGAAAAUUCAAAAUACUAAAAAUAGUAGACAAGAUAGGCAUUGUUGAUUGUCAUGUUAUGCGUGUUUGUAGUUUCCCGGUUAUCAGAUUUGGUUGCCUUAUGCACUUAGCAAACAAACAUGCCAUGUUACUUCUUGGCCGUGACACGUCAGCAGUGCCACGUCAGACAGUGACACGUCAGACAGUGCCACGUCAGCAGAGCCACGUCAGCAACAUGACGGGCCUGCCAGGCCAACUGGCCAAUGAGCCCAUUGCCGACUACAAAAAGCGUUUCCAGGCUCAGCUCGCUGCAAUCGAGGCUGAGGAACAACGCCAGCUGGCAGUCAAGGCUGCCCAGCUACAGGCUGAAGAAGCGGCAAAAGCAGAGAAGCUGCGGCUACAGGCCAAAGCAGACGCAGAUGCCCAGGCUCGCCGCAAGGAAGCCCAGGAUCUGCUACUGCGGCAUGAAGCCAACAGCAUGGAGAGACUCAAGUACGGGCACUUGGAACCGAACGGCGACGAGCCAACACCGGAAGAGCAGCAUAAGGAGUUCAUGGCCAAGCUCGUGAGCAGUGCCUUCACAGAGACGGCCACCAUCAGCCAGCGGUUCGAGUUGCUGGACACCAAGAUCAGUCAGCAACAGCAGACCGACCACAGCCACAACAACAGCUCGGCGAGGCCAUACAAGAUGCCGACGUUCCGGAUCGAGAAAUUUGAUGACUACACACAUCAAGACCCGGUCGUCUGGUGGCAAGGAUUUACAACGGAGUUGGGGAUUCACUGGGUCCCUGACCAUCUGUUCAUCAGUGCUCUGUUCAUCAACACCAAGGGAGGAUGUCAGAUCUGGCUCAGCCACAUGGCAACCAUCCACGGCGUCCAGGUUUCAGAUCUAUACAAGAAGGUCUCCUGGGAAGAUAUGACAAAGGAAUGGAAGAAGCGGUUCAUUGUUGACGACGCCCCGACACUCGCCAUCAACCGCAUCUUCACGAUGGCUCAAGGGAGCACACCGACACGUGACUGGCUCACGGAUUGGCAGAAAAUCGUGGCAACGCCCGAUUUGGACUUGCCAUUUCCGCAUCUGCGGCGUGAGUUCUACAACAGGUCAUGCGCCGCUCUCAGCCUCGCACUUGGUGAUUGCGAGCAGUACAGCACUUUUGCAAAGAUCAUCAACAAGGCGCGGGAGGUCAUCAAGACCAACAGGGCGGCUACACACGAGAAGUCUACGUGGCAGCCAACCUAUGUGGGGAAGGAAGUCCCAGCCCACGCAAGUCACAUUGGCAAGUCAAUCGACCGGUGCAUUGACAACGUCCCAAUGUACUUUGCCCCUCACGCAAGUGAGGCGGUGUCCUUUGACAUUCUGGACACCAAAUUCGACAUGAUCUUGGGCAUGUCAUGGCUGCGAAGCGAGGAUCACCCGGUGAACUUCUACCGCCGCAUCGUUCACAUUCGUGAUCGGAACGGAGUACUAGUCCCAUGCACGGUAGCUCCUCCUCACCCUUCAGUCAGCUGUCACGUGGUAUCCGCCGCAAGCAUGCAAGCCUUCAUCAUCAGAGACGACAUCGAGGAGAUGGGGGUGUGUUUUCUCCACGCCCUCCCGCCCCAAGACGCGUCAUCGACGGACUCAACUUCGGACCCACGCAUCACCGAACUUCUCGACGCCUACAGCGACGUGUUCGAAGGCCCGCACGGAAUAGUACCGGAUCGACCCAUCCGCCACGAGAUCAUCCUCGAGGACGGGGUCGUACCUCCACGCGGUUGCAUCUACCGAAUGAGCGAGGAAGAGUUAAGUGUGCUUUGGGCACAACUCGACGACCUUUUGGAGAAAGGUUGGAUUCGGCCUAGCUCAUCGCCAUACGGUGCUCUUGUUCUCUUCGUCCGGAAGAAGAACAAGGAUUUGCGGUUGUGCAUCGAUUAUCGCAAGCUCAAUGCGCAGACGAUCAGAAACACCGGCCCUCUCCCGCGCAUCGACGAUCUUCUCGAGCGAUUGGGCGGCGCCAAGUUCUUCUGCAAGCUGGACCUCAAGUCGGGAUAUCACCAACUCGAGAUUCGGAAGGAGGAUCGCUACAAGACCGCGUUUAAGAUGGGAUAUGGGCAUUUCGAAUGGCUGGUCAUGCCAUUUGGCCUUACGAAUGCCCCAACCACUUUCCAAGCGGCUAUGACAACAGAGUUUCGACACAUGCUGGAUCGAUACGUACUUAUCUACCUCGACGACAUCCUGGAAUACAGCCGGAGUUUGGAAGAGCAUGUGGAACACUUGCGCACCGUUUUGGAGCGGCUACAACAAGCCAAGUACAAAGCCAACCGCGACAAGUGCGAAUUUGCGCGGCAGGAGCUGGAGUACUUGGGACAUUAUGUGACGCCGCAAGGCAUCCGUCCACUUGCGGACAAGAUCGAGGCCCUACGAGUAUGGCCCGAGCCCACCAACACCACGGAUGUUCGUUCAUUCAUGGGAUUGGCGGGCUACUAUCAGCGAUUCAUCACCGGAUACUCCAGGAUUGUUGCACCUAUGACGAGGUUAGAGUCGCCAAAGGUGUCAUUCGUAUUCGAUGACGACGCACGCCGGUCAUUCCAAGCACUCAAGACGGCCAUGCUCAUGGCACCCGUCCUUAGCAUCUAUGACCCCACUCUGCCGACGCGAGUGACUAUGGACGCUUCCGGCUAUGGCAUUGGGGCAGUCUUGGAACAGCACGACGGCGACGACUGGCACCCUGUGGAGUAUUUCGGCCACAAAGUGUCUCCCAUCAACUCGCUUGAUGAUGCAAGGAAGAAGGAGCUGUUCGCAUUCGUCAUGGCUCUCAAGCGAUGGCGGCACUUCCCCCUUGGUCGUCGUAGGUUUACAUGGGUUACGGACAACAAUCCAGUGACCUACUACAAGACGCAUGAUACGGUGAGCAGCACGAUCGGACGAUGGAUGUACUUAAUCGACCAGUUUGACUUCACACCGAAACAUCUUUCCGGCCUCUCAAAUCGCGCAGCAGAUGCACUCUCGCGAAGACCUGAUCUUUGCGCUAUGACACAUCAUGCCUUCGCAUUCGACGAGGAGCUUCAACGACACUUUAUCCGGGCAUAUGAGUCUGAUUUGAACUUCGCCAUGUUGUAUGCACAACUAUCUUCGGAUCACCCGCCGGCCAGCCACUAUCGCAUUGCCGACGGGUACUUGCUCCUCCACUCGAGAGGCAAGGACUUACUAUGUGUCCCACGCGACCGCCGUCUUCGGACUCGCCUCCUCGGUGAGUAUCAUGAUUCGCGACUCGCCGGCCAUUUCGGAGUCAACCGCACUAUUGCAGGGCUUCGACAGCGAUUCCGAUGGCCCGAUCUCAUUACUGAUGUCACUCGGUAUUGCGACUCUUGCGAAGUUUGCCGACGCAGCAAGCCCCGCAACCGCAAUCCCUACGGCGAGUUACGCCCGAUGCCUAUCCCACGGGAACCCGGGCUCUCCAUUGUCAUGGACGUUACCGGUCCAUUCCCUCGCAACCGGCUCGGGCACGACGGCAUCCUCACGGUUGUGGACCGAUUGAGUAAGUACGCGCAUUUUCUCCCUUGCAAGUACUACUCCACGGCUCCCGAGCUGGCACGCCUCUUGCACACCGGCUGGAUUUGCGGCCAUGGUGUACCGGAAGACAUAGUCAGCGACCGCGACACUCGCUUCAUGUCGGCAUUUUGGACUGCACUCAUGCAGGAGUCCGGUACGAAGAUGAAGCCAAGUUCGGUUCGGCAUCCACAGACAGACGGGCAGACGGAGCGGGCACAUCAAACCGCCCAAAUGAUGCUUCGUACGCUCAUCCGUCUGGACCAGAAAGAUUGGGUUGACUGCCUCCCCGACAUCGAGUUCGCCUACAACACUUCGGUGCAUCCGGCGAUCGGCGUGACUCCAUUCGAGUUGCACCACGGUGGACGGAAAGGCCGGAUCUUCGCCGACCUUCUCCUCCCUCGACCAGCCGACAUUGACGCUGCCUGCUCUCCCGCUUCCGUCCGGAAGUACAGGGAAUUGCUGACUCAAGCCCGCGCGAACAUGCAAAAGGCUCAAGUCCGCAUGCAGCAGCAAGCCAACAGGCGUCGCGUACCAUGUCCCAUCCGCGCCGGUAAUCUGGUUUGGGUCUCUGCGGAAGAGUUUGCACUAGAACAGGAGGUUUCACGCAAACUGUUUCCCAAGUGGUUUGGACCUUGGUCUGUGACAGCAGCCGCAGGCGAUGAGCCCAAUGACCCUUCAUUUGUGAUCAACAUUCCCGAGCAUCUGACGGUCCAUCCAGUCUUUCACGCCUCGAAGCUGGCAACAUAUACACCAGCUAAGAGCGACGACUUCCCGGGCCGACGAUCGCAGGACCCUCCUCCUAUGGAUGGUCAUCAGGGAGUUGACCGCGUCAUCACGGAUCGCAAGUACGGCAGCAAGCCGCGUCAGUACAAAGUUACAUUCAGAGCAUGCGAUCCCAACGACACUCGGUGGAUUUCAGGAGCAAAUUUGAAAGCAUCCGCACCGUUGAUCUACGCGCACUACGAGCGACAAAGAUUACCUAAGGGACCUCCACGACCAGCCCCUCCCACCCGAACUGUGGUCCCUCCCUCAGACAGACAGCUUCGCCCUCGCAGGUAAGCUCGGUCUUUCAAGGAGGGGGGGGGGUGUGGCAUACUGUGUGGCCACACGGGCCCUGCAGGGCCCGUCUAGCACUUUCAGCCUAAAAGC